AUGCACGGCAACACCUCACACGCAUCCUCGCCCGGAGGCGUAGAGUCGGAUCAAUCUUCACGUUAUACCUCCGCAAGGUCUCGCCCCAGAUCACGACCACGCACUCACCACCAACGAGGAUUGGGUCAAGACUCGGACGAGGAUACGACAAGCAUCCAAAUGGACGAAUACGAGCUGGACCACCGUCCAGGAGGAUCGAGCAAGCGUCAUGUCGACAACGUAAAAAGCGCUGAUAAUGAGGACGAGGAAGACUUGGAACAGGGAGAAGAUGCUCUUAUGCUUGGGCCAGCUUCAGCUUCGGCGUCGGGUCUUGAUGAACAUGGAGAGGCGUACGAGCUCGGCCGCAGCAAACCAAAACAUCGCGCUGGUCGCAGACACGUAUCGACAGGAUCCAUUUCAGACAAGUACGAUCCCGAUGAUCCGAUGCAUCUCGUCAGCAAGGCGGUGCCCGAACAUGACGAUCCUACACUUCCAGCGCUUACUUGGAGAGCAUUGCUCAUCGGCUCCUUCUUCUGUGUGAUCGGGGCAGCAAUAGCACAGCUCUUCUUCUACAAAUCCAACUCGCCCUCCUUUAGCAGCUACUUUGUCAUCUUGAUAUCACUCCCCAUGGGCCGAUGGCUAGCAAAUCGCUUACCGGAGCGAACGAUCAAAGUUAGCAGGUGGUCGGUGCAGCUCAACCCGGGUCCCUUCAGCAUCAAAGAGCAUAUGCUGGUUGCCAUCAUCGCCUCCUCUGGUGCCACCUCUGCAUACGCUAGCGAUAUUAUCAACAUCCAGGAGCUCUUUUAUCAUCAACACAUGAACUGGCUCUCUUCGCUCACACUCCUCAUCACUACACAGGUGCUUGGCUUCGGUUUCGCCGGUAUGGUAACGAAUCUCCUCGUCAAACCAACGUCGAUGAUCUGGCCGAGCACGCUUGUCACCACGUCACUGUUCCAUACUCUGCACGACAAGCAAGCACCCAACAACCGAGCCAGGCUGCGUCUGUUCGCUUUCGCGUUUGUCGCCAUCUACGUCUAUCAGUUUCUCCCAGCUUUGCUUGCUCCCACACUAUCCAGCGUUGCCAUGCUCUGCUUGGUCGACAACAAGAUUCCUGCGUUCCGAUUUCUCAGCUCCGGCUAUCACGGUCUUGGCUUUCUCAACCUCACAUUCGAUUGGAAUGCCGCCGGUAUGAGCGGGCCCUUUUACCAACCGUGGUGGGCAGCACUCAACUUUUACGCCGGCUUCGCAGGUAUGAUGUACAUCGCCAUGCCCAUCCUCUACUGGGGCUUCAAUUUUUGGAACGCGCAGUCUUUCCCAGAGAUCCUCAGCGCCGGCCUCUACAACAAGGAGUACAAAAAGUUUGCCGUCGACACGCUGCUCAACAAGGAUAACACGCUCAACGCACAGGCGUGGGAGACGCAGAAGCCAAUGCUGCUCACUCCGUACUUUGCGCUCUCGUACGGCUUAGGCUUUGCGACUUUGACGAGCACCGUCACACACGUUCUGCUUUGGCAUUGGAAGGACAUCAAGAAGGCUGCGAGCAAUGAUGUGCACGACGACGUGCACAAUCGGCUCAUGCGAGCUUAUCAACCUGUACCGCGUCGGUGGUACGCCACCACUUUUGCACUGACCACUGCUGCGGCUGUCAUGCUGGUUGUGCUGACGCCUGCUCUGCAACUCCCCGUGUGGGCGUUGCUGCUGGCUAUCGUGAUGGGGUUGCUGUUCAUUGCACCACUCGGUAUCCUGCGUGCCGUCUCGGAUACUGGUGUGGGCCUCAACAUCAUUUCUGAAUUCGUCAUCGGAUACAUUAUGCCGGGCAAUCCUAUCGGCAACAUCCUGUUCAAGACCAUGGCGUAUAUGUCGCUGAACCAGGCGCUCGAUCUGGUGAAUGAUCUCAAGCUUGGACAUUACAUUAAAAUCCCUCCUAAGCACAUGUUUGUCGCCCAAUUGUGGGGGACCAUGAUUGGCUGUGUGGUCAAUUUGACCGUUGUCAACAUUGUGCUCGAUCCUGCUUCGGGUUAUCGUGCCUUUUUGGAUGGUACGGUGGAAGAUCCGUCGGGGCAGUGGGAUGGAAGGAAAGUGCACAUCUUCUUCUCCGCUUCCGUCAUCUGGGGUCUCGUGGGUCCUGCCGAGUUCUUCUCUGGCGAUUAUCGUAAGCUGUAUUCUGGAUUCCUGUUUGGUGCACUUUUGCCUCUGAUCCCUUACUUCUUGCACAGGAGGUACAAGCUGAAAUGGUUGCCAAAAGUGGCCUUUCCGAUCAUCCUGCAUUCGGCCGCUUUGCCACCCGCCGUUCCGACCAACGUCAUCAUGACCGGGUUCUUUUUCUCCUGGUUGUCGCAAAAGCACUUGCGCGAGAAACACCCGGUAUGGUUCGAAAAGUUCAACUACGUCUUGUCAGCUGCACUGGAUGCUGGGAGCAGCGUCAAUGCGCUCACCAUCUUUGUGCUCACUAUCAGCUUGCUCAAGUAUGCACCCGUGCCACAUUGGGCAGCCAAUCCGCUUCAGGAUGCUGAACAUUGUAAACCUAGCAAAUAG